AAGCAGCUGAUUUUCUACCAAUUUUCAGAUAAUUAAUUAAUAUAUCCUUUCUAAUUAUUACAGAAAAAAUUAGAAGAAAAAAGAAAUUAAAAAUAUAUAGAUAUCAAUAUUUAUUAUUGAAAGCAGAGGAUAUCUUAUUUAAAAAGUUAAAUUAACAUUUUCAAUUAAGGUUUAUUAUUAAAAUGAUUUCAUAAAUGAGAAAUAUUGGAGGAGUAUUGAAUAAAGCUUGCAAAUCAGCUCUUACCUAAACUCUUCUUAGAUAAAAUUUAAGCACUAUUUAGGCAUUCAGAGCUAACUAAUAUAUUAAUACUAGAAUUAAUCAAAUGACCUAAAAUAAUAUUUACUCAUUUGCAAGUUUCAAGGAGAAAAUGGAAAAAAAAUAAAAGGAAAAAGCUGAAGAUGAAUUCAAAAAAGAAAUAGAAUUCCUUGCUAACAAGCCUUCAUUUACUUUAGUUGAUUUUAAGUAGCGUGUUAUCGAUUAAUUAAGUAAACUUAAAAAAGGUUUAAAGGCUAAGCUAUUAAGUGGUUAAUAAGAAAACGAAGCAGCACUUACUAAAUAAAAGACCCUUCUUAAUGCUUUUACUGAUGAUGAAUUGAUAGACCCUACCAAAAUUGGAUCAACUACAAAGAAAUAAAUUGCAAUGAUUGCUUAAUGCGAAGUAGAAGAUGUUAAUAAAUUAAUUCAUGCUUUUAAAAAUCUCUAAUAAGCUCACGCUUUCUUAAGAAGAACUAAAGAAAAGGGCUAGCCUCUCCCUGAAACCUCUGAAGAGCUUUAAUGGAGAUUUAGAUAAGAAAAAAAUGUUUCUUAUGAAUACAAGAAAACCAUCUAAUCUAAAUAAUAUGGUAGAUCAAAGGUAUAAUACAGAAAAAUGCAAAAGUGGUCUCGUAGACUUCAACUUUGAUUAAUUUAAGGAAUUUUAAAUGAGAAAAAUAUUCCUUUGUAUACACUUUUAAAUAUUAAUAUCACAUAGAAUUAGAUUUUUAAAAUCAAAGUUCUUCAAUUUAAAAUAGUUUUUAUUUAAUUCAUUGUACUCUUUACAAAUUUAUUUUAUUUUACAUGUUUUCCUGUUUUUUACAUUUUUAAGAUAUACAAUUUU